AUGGGUUCAUGUCUUCAUGACAACAAUACCUUUCGUAACAGUGAUAUUAUCUCAGCGUGGGAAUCCUACACUAAAUGUCUUUCCGAUACAUCUACGGAUCCAUCGUUAUGGUGCGACAGAGCCCUCAUCAAUUUAGAACUUUCAAUUCACGAGCUCUCCUACGUUGAUGCCCUCAGAGCCAAUUUUCUUAUAACUUCUACAAUCGAUAACUCCUUAAAUUCUAUUAUAGAUGAUAAUCUCGGCUUUUCAUGUCAUCCUUCACCAAGUAUCUCCCAAUCAACGCACCUCUCAUUGGAUUCAAAUUUGCAAGAUCUGCUCGUAAAAUCCUACGAUCUCGUGUCCGAAUCCCUUCACCGAUUGGGCCUCAUCUCACGCGCUGUAUCGGUGUUAGAUCAUCUAUUGAAUCAUCAGAAGUAUGGUAAAUGCCUGACGCACAAUCUAAGAAACGAAUUAAUGAACAAAAGAAAUGAGUACCAAGAGAAGCUGAAGGAACGGUUGAUUUAUUGUAUCUCUUAUGUUUCUAAAAUUUUCAAUAAUCCAAAUGUCAGAAAUUUCAAGAAAGCCGAAGUUAUUGAAUUGAUUAAGAAUAUGGGAACGUGCAAGUUCGAGUAUCCUUGGGAUAAAAGGAGGUCUGAGAACCGGAUCUCGGAUGAACGGAUUCGGAUUUUACAACAAAAAUUAGAUGUUUUUGCCUCGAAAGGAGUGCGAGUCGAAAGAAUAUAUAAAUGGGAAGAAUCAACGCCAAGAACGAUCGGAGAAGACCCUUCCAUCCAUCUUGGAAUUUUCGCGCAAGAAGAAAUUCCCGAAGACAGUGUAAUCUGGAGUGAAGACCC